AAAAUGAAGGCCGUGCUUCAUUCACUUGUCAUCUCUCUCAUCAUGAUGUCCUCACAUGGCAGGGAUCUGGGCCCAGGGGACCAGCUGGCCAACCAAAGCCUGGGUACGCCCCUCCUCCCUGCCAGCUUCCACAGGGAAGACACGGUCACCAAUGUGUGGAUGGAGGAGGGAGAGGAUGAUGAUGACUACCUGGACCUGGAGAAGAUCCUCAGCGAGGACGAUGACUAUAUUGACAUCAUUGACAUCGUCCCGCCUGUGGACGUGGGGACAAGCCCUGGCAACAUCCUCCAGCUCUUCCAAGGCAAGAGCCGCAUUCAGCGUCUCAACAUCCUCAAUGCCAAGUUCGCCUUCAACCUCUACCGGGUCCUGAAGGAGCAGGUGGGCCCUGCUGAGAACGUGGUCACUGCGCCCGUAGGCAUUUCCACUGCCAUGAGCAUGCUAUCUCUGGGCCUCCAGGGUGAGACCCACGAGCAAGUGUACUCCACACUGCACUUCAAGGACUUUGUCAAUGCCAGCAGCACGUACGAAAUGCUGACGGUCCACAACCUCUUCCGCAAGCUCACUCACCGCCUCUUCAGGAGGAACUUUGGCUACACGCUGAGGUCAGUCAAUGACCUCUACAUCCAGGAGCGAUUCCCCAUCCGGCAGGACUUCAAAGCCAAAGUGGAAGAGUACUACUUUGCGAAGGCCCAGACAGCUGACUUCUCAGACCCAGCUUUCAUAGCAAGAACCAACCACCACAUUCUGAAGCUCACCAAGGGCCUCAUCAAAGAUGCGCUGGAGAAUAUAGACCCAGCCACAGAGAUGAUGAUUCUCAACUGCCUCUACUUCAAAGGCUCCUGGGUGAACAAGUUCCCUGUGGAAAUGACUCACAACCACAACUUUCGUUUGAAUGAGCGUGAGGUGGUCAAGGUGCCCAUGAUGCAGACCAAGGGGACCUUUCUGGCAGCGACUGAUCAGGAGCUGGACUGUGAGGUCCUCCAGCUGGAGUAUGUGGGCGGCAUCAGCAUGCUCAUUGUGGUCCCCCAUAAGCUGUCAGGCAUGAAGACCCUUGAAGCACAGCUGGUGCCCCAGGUGGUGGAGCGGUGGCAGAAGAGCAUGACAAACAGAACUAGAGAAGUGCUUCUGCCAAAAUUCAAGCUAGAGAAGAAUUAUAAUCUGGUAGCAGCUCUCAGGACAAUGGGGAUCACAGCACUGUUUGACAAAAACAGCAACACGUCGGGGAUCGCCCAGGAAAAGAUUGUCAUUGACCUGUUCAAGCACCAAGGCACCAUCAUGGUGAACGAGGAGGGCACCCAGGCAGCCGCCGUGACCACCGUGGGCUUUAUGCCGCUGUCUACACAAGUCCGUUUCACCGUUGACCGUCCCUUCCUGUUCCUGGUUUACGAGCACCGCACUAGUUGUCUGCUCUUCCUGGGCAGGGUCACCAACCCCAUCAAGUCCUAA